CGAGUAGUAAAAAAGAAUCCCUUUUAGACACAACCCAGCUUUUUGGUGGUCACACAUUCGGUUCUUGACUCUUUUCAAACACUGCAAGGGACCAAAGAUAAAUACACGCUGCAACAUACAACUGCAUUAAAUCAUAUCGAAGUUUAAAUGGCAGAUACUAUAUGGUGGGAUCAUGCCAUUGUUACACACAUUCUGGUGGCCCUGUUUGGAAUGGGCUCAUGGAUCUCUGUGAACUCUUUAUGGGUUGAGCUGCCAGUUGUUGUAGGUGUUCUACCUGAAGGGUGGAACUUGCCAGCCUAUCUUUCUGUGCUGAUUGCCUUUGGGAAUUUGGGCCCAGUGGCUGUAACUUUAACCCACCACUUUGCACCAGGACGGCUGAAUGAACGUGUGGUCAUACACACAAUACAAGUGCUAGCAGUGAUUGCAUCUGGAUUUCUCGCUCUCUUCUGGUCACAGGUGGCCGAGGUUUUAGGAGAGCUGAGAUCUGUGCCAUUCCUGCUGUUGACAUUUGUACUGUCAUUUGUCUGCUGCACCUCUAAUGUUACCUUUUUACCCUUCAUGUUUCGCUAUCCUCCAGAAUACAUCCGGACUUUCUUUGUUGGACAGGGUCUUAGUGCACUCUUUCCCUGCGUGGUUGCAUUGGGGCAGGGUGUAGGGAAACUAGAGUGUGUUGAGACACCAAAUGGAACACAGCCCCAAUAUCUCAAAGAGAACUUCCCUGUACAGAACUUCUUCUGGUUCUUGUGUGUGAUGCUGGCUAUUUCUGCCCUCUGUUUCCUGACACUGGCAUAUAGAGUGGUCACCCAGGCUGGAGCACAGGAAGUUCAAAACAGAGAAGAGAAAACAGAGGAAGAGACACACCCAUUACAAAAUGGAGGUACACCUGUCUCAGAAGAACAGGUACAAAUUGAAAAACAUGCUUCUGUUGUGACUUUCUGGACAUCACGGAAUAUCUACCUGCUUUUGCUGCUCGGAAUAUCCAAUGCUCUGACCAAUGGCGUGUUGCCAUCCGUGCAAAGCUUCUCCUGUCUUCCUUACGGCACCAUGACCUUUCACCUCUCUGUUGUCUUGGGGAACAUUGCAAACCCUCUGGCCUGCUUUGUGGCCAUGUUUGUCCUACUUAGGUCCAGCGUUGGUCUAGGUAUGAUGUCACUAGGAGGCGGGGUUUUUGCUGCCUAUCUUAUGGCACUGGCUGCACUCAGUCCCUGCCCACCACUUUUAGGAAGUCAGUCUGGAAUCGCUCUAGUGGUCAUAUCGUGGAUCAUCUUCACUGGGUUGUUCUCAUAUCUGAAGGUAGUGGUUGGGACACUUCUUCAUGAAGCAGGUCAUGCUGCUUUGCUCUGGUGUGGGGUCUUUAUCCAGGCUGGCUCUCUUAUAGGAGCCUUCACUAUGUUUCCUCUAGUCAGUGUAUACCAGGUCUUCCAGCAAUCCCAGGACUGUAAGGAUAACUGCAGUUAAUAAUACCACACUUGAUUUUAUAUUCACCCUGUGUCUUUAUUGAAUGGAUGCUGCUACUGGAAUCUGAAAAUGGAAAGGGAAGUGCAAAACCAGUAGCAGGAUUUUACAGGACUUAAUUACAACUCAUGACAAUCCAUUGUCAUAUCAAUGCAAGAGCUGCUUCUGAUCACAUUUUACAGAUUGUCUUUGUUACACCCAGUGGAACAUUAAGAAUGUGACAAAUACCUAUAUGUGUGGUUGAUAUAUUUAAAUCACUUUGAGAGUGUGAACAACUUGUCCUAAUCUAGAUUAUGUACAAAUACAUCGUUGGUGGGAAGAGGUCUGCUCUCAUGGAAGAUAUUUGUGGCAGUAUGUCAAAAACUGCUUAGCCCAAAAAUCAGUCAAUGUUUUAAUCUAUAGCAACAAUAUACUACGCCAAUGAGUACACUCAUACUAUCUUUAUCAGGUCUGUGUAGUAUUGUAUGCAGUAUUUUGUUCAUUUGCAACAAAAAUAAAUGUUCAUUGUCUAAUGUCUGCAACCUGUAACUUUUUUGAUGAGUGCAGCCAUGUUGUCGUAUGAAUGCCUUCUAUGUCAAUAGAAAUAUUGUUUUUUUUUUUAUAGACAAAAAGCAAGAACCAUGUAUUGUCACAUUUCAAUAUGAAUGACUACUUUUAAUUUUAAGAUUAGCAUUUUUACAUAACUUUUGUGUUUUAUAUCUAGAUACGUAGUACAACACAACUUGUCUCUGCUCACUGAUUAUUUGAGUAAUGGAUGAUUGUACUGAUAUUGUAGCUAUGAUGGCAGUGUCUAUUAGAGGUAGACCGAUAUAUGAGUUUUACUGAUCAAUCAGUGCCGAUAGUUGCAUUUUGGAACUAUCGCUUAUAGUUUUUUCAUAAUUUUGUUAUUUAAAAAUAAGAGUCCCUGGUGUGUUUCAGGCUUGUUUAUACUUAAAAGUCCUACGUUAUUCACCAAACCUUUUUUCUGGUUAUUAUUGGGAUUUUAAACAAAAAACUGCAUCUGGGAUUUUAUUCAUUUUGGACUCUGUCUUUGCCCGCCAUUGUAAAGCAAGAUAAUUUUUUCCUUUUUUUUUUUUUUUUUUUACAUUUUAUAAAUUGAUUUUAAAACCUAUUGGCUGAUUAAUCAGUUAUCUGCCUUUCCCACCACCUUAGUUAUCUCAAAAUCCACUAUCGGUCAUCCUCUAGUUUUUAUCUUUGACCUGCUGAAUUGCUCAUCAGUUAGUUUGUUUUUUGUUUUGUUUUUAUUUUGAAUAUACUGUCAGAAAAUAUUUGUAAUGUGUGAAUCAGCAGGAAGGCUUUUAUUAUUUCGAGAUGAGGCCAGUAUUUUUAAUGCAUAUUAAUCUCAUGGUUUCUACAGGAAACAGAAAACUUGAUGUUAUGUGUUAUUCUAAACUUUCCUGACAAAUAUCCUUGAAAUAUGAAUGUGGAAUAUGUGAGUUUUACACAUUUAAAUUCAGCACUAAUUAUUUAGUACUAAUAAGAUCUAAUCUUGCCACUAAUUGUAUAAAUAUACAUUCUGAAUUAACUUUAUAAAAUGAGCUAAAAUCAGGUUUAAUUUCAGAAGAGCUGAUAUACUGGAGAUUUUACUGUGAGCACUAAUUGCAUUCCUUGCAUGUCUAAUGAAAGGAUUUAGUUUAGAGGAAAAAAUUGUCCAGUAGCCUUUCGAUAGUUAGCUUUUUUUAUGUGAAGGAUUGUUUUUGUUCUUCAGUGGUUUUUUUUUCACUUUUUUUAUUGAGAGUGAGCCUGAAAAUUAUGAGAUUAUAUAGGCCUAUGCUGUUUUAAUACUUGUUUCACAUUCUUGUUAACAUUGUUUUUUCUUUUAUGUGACAGCAUUGUAAGUAAAUAAUAGUUUUUUUUUUACAACAUAGAAAUGUUGUGUGUGUGUUUUA